AAAGAAAAGGCAUAGAGAUCUGCUUAUUGUCUAUAUAAUUAUCACGAAAAGUCUAAAACCAGGGAGAGACGGAGAGAUAAACAUAAUGGCUCCAGUGAGAAAGACUUCUUUAGCCGGAGGAAAUGAAACUCUCCGGCACUUUACUCAUCCUCAUGUCCUAUUCAAGGAAGCUGUAGAUCAGACAGUUUAUACGACCAACAGGUUUGGAUGUGAUGGCUGUGGCAUGGAUGGUUCUGGUAUUAGAUACCACUGCAAGCAAUGCGCUUUUGAUCUGCACGAGGAUUGUGGUACCUGCCCUGAGUAUCUCACAUCUAACUUUCACCCUAACCAUGAACUGGAAAGAAUUUGGGAGGGACUCGAUGAAGAUUACGGCCAGUUGCGUCCUUGCAAUGUCUGUGGUGAUCAAGUCAAAGGUCUCUUCUACAAAUGCUCAUCUGGUGCUGCUGAAAAGAGCUAUUAUGACGACGGAGGCCAUUACUUCUUCAUCCACCCUACUUGCUCCAAACUUCCAUCGCAAUGUGUCACUCUUCCACAAGACAAUCAUCAGAUUCAUCAUCACCAUGGUGGAAGUGGAACUAGUCGUUCGGCCCAACAACAAGUGGCGGAUGCUGCAGCGGCGGAGGAAGAAUUGGCAGCUGCUAUGAUCACUGCUAAAAUGCAAGCUAAAUCACGUAAAUUUAUGCUAAAACUCAUUUAGAUGGGGAAUAACUUGUUACGAGUGUCCACUUCUAGUAGAACUCCUUCAUGUAAUAAAACAUUCCAUGUUUGGAUUGUCCGUCUCUUUUGGAGUUAAUUACAUGUAACGCUAAUGCUUGGUGGUCUUUCCCUUUCAACUUCUUCAUUUUAAUAUGGUGUAGGAUCUUUCGGAUCCCCUCCUUUUUCUGUAUGCAUGCUUUCUUGUGAUUUUUCUCAAUAGAUUAUUCUCCCUUCCGUUUUCCUCA